CAAAUCCCACCAUAAGAAAUUUCUCUACGAAAAUUACUUUAAUUUCUCAUAAAUCAAACAGAUUUUGUCAAAUCUCGAAAUCAUCACAUCAAUGGCUCGUACAAAGCAAACAGCUAGGAAGUCGACUGGUGGAAAAGCUCCAAGGAAGCAGCUAGCCACGAAGGCCGCUCGUAAGUCCGCUCCGGCGACCGGCGGAGUGAAGAAGCCUCACCGUUUCAGGCCAGGAACCGUGGCUUUGAGAGAGAUCCGUAAAUACCAGAAGAGCACCGAGUUGUUGAUCAGGAAGCUUCCUUUCCAGAGGCUGGUGAGGGAAAUCGCUCAAGAUUUCAAGACUGAUUUAAGGUUCCAAAGCAGCGCCGUCGCUGCACUUCAAGAAGCGGCGGAGGCUUAUCUCGUCGGAUUGUUUGAAGACACUAACCUGUGUGCAAUUCAUGCUAAGAGGGUUACUAUCAUGCCCAAGGAUAUCCAGCUUGCUAGGAGGAUUAGAGGUGAAAGAGCUUAGAUUGUUUGUAUUUACUUGAUUGAUUGUGAAAUUAGGUUAGAUCUAGUGUUUGGUAUCCGUUUUUGGAAUUUGCUUUCUCGGCAAAAAUCCUUAUGUAAACGGUCGUCUUUCUAUGGAGUUCUAGUACUUUCGUUUGAAA